AUGAUCUACAAGGNNCAUCGCUCAUAUACGCUGUUCCACAACUUCUCUACAACUUUCGCGGCGCUGUAUUUUGUGGGAGGUGUUCGCGUAACCUUUUCAACUGGAAUCAGCGCUGGUGGCAAUCUCGCUUAUUGGACGUCAUACAUCGUGACUUGCGUCUUCACCUUCAUCACUGCUGCUGUCAUCGCAGAGAUCUGCUCAUCCCUACCUCUUGCUGGAUCCAUAUAUCUUUGGGCUGCUGAGGCAGGAGGACCUAGGUUUGGUCGCUUCUUCGGCUUCAUUGUGGCUUGGUGGUCUACCACUGCUUGGACGACUUUCUGCGCGAGUAAUACACAGGGUGCUGUCAACUACCUUCUGGCCGAAAUUGUGGUCUUCAAUGUUGACUAUCCAUCGAAUUCGGAUCACAUCAAAUAUCGCGCUGUUCAAUGGGCCGUUACCGAGGCCAUGUUGGCAGUCGCUUGCAUCGUCAAUCUACUCCCUCCCAAGUAUUUCCGCUGGAUUUUCUACGCAUCUUCUGGUAUGGUGUUGCUGGAUUUUGUGCUCAACAUGGUUUGGCUGCCUAUUGGAGUGGCUCAAACUUACGGCUUCCGUACUGCGCAUGAAGCCUUCAUGACUACGUACAACGGCACCGGAGCGCCUGCUGGCUGGAAUUGGUGCCUGUCUUACCUGGCUACUGCUGGUAUCUUGAUCGGUUUCGAUGCCUCUGGCCAUGUUGCAGAGGAGACAAAGAACGCGAGUGUGACCGCAGCCAGAGGUAUCUUCUGGAGUACCGUGGUUAGCGGUGUUGGCGGUUUCAUUGUGGUUAUUCUAUUCUUGUUCUGUGUGGUAAGUCAUGCUGCUUCUCUGGUGUAUUGCGAAAAUUCUGACAAUUGUCCAGNNCCUGAUGCAGACACGUUCUUCCAAUUUGGUUCUGAGCAGCCAUUUGUACCACUCUAUGCUGUGGUCCUUGGCCAGGGCGGGCAUGUCGUCAUGAACAUUGUCUGUAUUGUAGCCCUCUGGUUCAACACUGCAAUUGCUGUUCUCGCCGCAUCGAGAUUGGUCUUUGCUGUCGCAAGAGAUGGCGUUCUUCCCUUCUCUGGAUGGGUCUCUCAGGUCUCGAAUGGCCAGCCCAAAAAUGCUGUGAUUGUCGUCUGGGUCGUUUCAGCCAUUAUCACCUGCACAAUCCUUCCAUCCAGCACUGCGUUCACCAGUCUGGUUUCAGCCGCUGGCGUUCCUUCCGCUGCCGCAUACGGUCUGAUCUGUCUUUCGAGACUCGUGCUCACGCCANAAACAUUUCCCAAGCCCAGAUGGAGCCUUGGGAAGUUUAGCAAGCCCUUCCAGUUCAUCGCCAUUUUCUGGAAUGGCUGGGUCGUUGCUGUCUUGUUCUCGCCGUAUGCUUUCCCUGUGACGGCGGGUAACCUGAACUAUGCACCAGUGAUCAUGGCGAUCGUCACGAUAUUUGCUAUCGUCUCGUACUUUAUGAUCCCUGCAGAGAAAUGGUUGCCAGCGCAUAGAAUCCAGCAGACGCUCGAGGCAGAGGGACCCAAGACUCCUCGUGUUGAGACCAUUGCUCAUGACUAA